UUACAGUCACUUACAUACGUGCAAGAUCUGACCACAUCAGUGGAAAGAACAUUUCAUUCUGCAGAUGCCAUCACAGCAGACUAUAAUCGCGCUCUCGUAGUGUGUUGAGCAUGGCUGCAAGUAUACCUAGAAUGGUUCGCCUUGAACUACAAGUGUUACAUAUGCUUUGAUAUCUCCCUGGAUAUUGUGCGGACUGUACAAUAACUUCAUAUGAAGAACUUGGUCUCUGGCUCGGUAAGGGAACGAGAAACAUCUUUCCAAUCAGCGGCUCAUGAUCCUCACCUCGUCAGCAGCACAUGUAGGAGUGUGUCGACAGCUUCAUACAGCUUCUAGUAGCCAUACCAUAUGAUUUAGUGAGAAGCUUGGGAAAGAAGCUCCUAUGCAUCCUUGUUACCUGGUUGUAUUCUUUCAUGACUGUCGACGCAAAUAUUCACCUCUAACGAUGUCAGAGUUGCCAGAAGCACAGUACAAGAUGUUUUAAGUGUCACCUAUCAACACAAUAUACCGUCAUUAUCUCUACAGGUCGCUCGCAUUUUAUGUCCAUAUGAUGAUGGCACUAAAUCUUUCGGAUGUUUUUGUAAAAGGUAAGAGCCAUACUGUUCCGUUACAUAACCAUUUCUGGUUAUACGGUACAUGACCACGGUUGAAGGCUAAAAAGUUUGCAACGAGGAAAUCACCAGUAGCCGUAAAGGACGCCGUUUACAAGUCUCCGACACUGUGAUUGUACCGCCAACAGUUAGUUUCCUGAGAGCCGCUCUCUUCAUAUACAAGAAGCCGUCGUCUCCCUAGGUUUCCAUAGCGGCGCUAGUGAUGGCGGGUGCGCCUCUUCCAGAGUCAGUGAGUUCUGCGGGGGCCCAGAGGCAGCAGGUGUCCGCAGACAACCAAUACCCGGCUUGUCCUCCUUACAUAAGCGCCAGCAGGUCGCCAGCUCUGCGCCGACAAGUCGACACUCCAGCCCCAGCGGCCGUGCGGCGAGCCCGCAGACCUCCGCAACCUUAUCACCAGCUCGCAGCCUCCGACUGCCCGACUGAGCUGACCGACGUGUUAGCGGUGUCCGCCUGUGAGCAGCUUCUGUCCUGUCCUCAGCAGUACAGAACAAGCGCAGAGGUCACCACACCCACCUAAACUUACUUACAAGGUCGCGCUCGGCGAUGUCGGCGCAGUGCAGGAGCUGCGACUUCGGCGACACGCCGCUGCUGUCGGGCGCGUGCGGCGGCGGCGCGUCGGCGUUCAUGCUGGCGCUGCAGGCGCUGCUGCAGGCGCGCUGCGACGUGUCGGACGCGUGCGGCCGCGUCGGCCGAGACUCGGCGCAGCUGCCGACCGGCCGCGCCUUCGACUUCGUCGUGGUGGGCAGCGGGCCGGCGGGCAGCACGGCUGCGGCGCGCCUCUCCGAGAGCGGCGCCACGGUGCUGCUGCUGGAGGCGGGGCCCGAGGACCCCACCAUCUCGCACGUGCCCGCCUUCGCCGUCACGCCCAUCCGCACGCGCCUCGACUGGAACCUCACCACGGCGGUGCAGCAAAACGCGUGCCUGAGCCAGGGCGGCGUUUGCCGGUGGCCGCGCGGCCGCAUGUUGGGCGGCACCUCCUCCAUGAACGGCAUGAUGUACACCAGGGGACACCCGCUGCUCUACGACGCCUGGGCCGCCGCCGGCAUCCCGGGCUGGUCCUACAACGAGGUGCUGCCCUACUUCAUCAAGAGUGAACGCAACUUGAAUCUGGACCAGGUGGAUCCAGGCUACCACGGGAGUUCGGGUCCAAUGGCGGUGCAGUUCUUCCCAUACGCGCCGCCCAUGACGGAGGCGAUCAUACAGGCAGGCGAAGCGAUGGGCUACCGGAGGGGCGACCUCAACGGCUUCAACAUGACGGGCAUCAACCGCGCCCAGAUGAUGGUUCUGGACGGCCUGCGGGACGAGCCCAGUCGCUGCUUCCUCCGUUCGGCGGGACGCGCUCCGGGAAGUGGUCUGCGAGUCGUAAUCAACGCUCACGUCACCAAAGUGCUGAUCGACCCCGCCACACGCACAGCGUAUGGGGUCCAGUUCGUCGACAGCGCCGGUCAGCUGAAGGAGGCGAGGGCGCUCAGGGAGGUCAUCCUGUCUGCUGGCGCUAUCGGAUCUCCGCACCUCCUCCUGCUGUCUGGCGUUGGGCCCAAAGAGCACCUGCGCCAGUUCGGUGUCCCGCUGGUCCUGGACCUGCCCGGCGUCGGGAGGAACCUGCACAAUCAGGUAUCGGUCGCAGUGCCCUUCCUCACAGACGAACCUUUCACGAGAUGCCUCUCCAACAAGAGCGUCCAGGACUUCUUGCGGUACCGCAACGGGACGCUGGCGAGCACCGGCCUGACGCAGGUGACCGGCUUCUUCUUGAGCAAGUACGCGUCCAACGGCGUGCCGGACGUGCAAGUCUUCUUUGACGGCUACAACUGCCGCUGCUCGAAAACGGGAGCGGACGGAGAGUGCGAGGCGGGCGAUUCGGGCAAGUGCGGUCCGCGCGUCGUGAGGGCGCGACCCACCAACCUGUUCCCUCGGAGCCGCGGGCACGUGCGCCUCACGAGCGCAGACCCUCUGCAGCCGCCAGAGCUGCAGCCCAACUACCUUCGCGAGAAACGCGACAUGGACGUGCUGAUCGACGGCAUCCGCCUCGUACAGCGCAUGGCUAAGACUCCGCCACUGAAGAAGCUCGGCUUCCGCCUGGACACCAAGCCUUCGAAGGGAUGCGAGAAGGUCCCCUUCGAUUCGGACGGCUACUGGCGGUGUGUGGUGCGAACGGCCACCGGUCCGGAGCACCACCAGGCCGGGACCUGCAAGAUGGGCCCGCCGCACGACCCAAUGGCUGUGGUGGACGAGCGACUGAGGGUGCGUGGCAUACGAGCGUUGCGCGUAGCCGACGCGUCUGUUUUCCCUGUGGUUCCCAACAGCAACCCAACGGCCGCCAUCGUAAUGACUGGCGAGAAACUGGCCGACAUGGUUCUCCAGGACACAGUCGCCCACACUGGUGGCCUGGCUUCACGCUCCGGUGUCGUACCUACCAGAACCCACCACGGUUUUGCAGUGCGUUCCCCAGCCCUGUACCAGUUUCACGCUUUCUACGGCUAGACGCCAGUAAUGUGCUGAUCUCAGCACGCCGCUGUGGACCAUCAUCCAUCCAAUACUUAAAUGAUUUCACUGGCAUACAUUACAGCAAUGUCUUUUCGUAAUGUCUACACCAUAAAUGUUACUAGUAUCCCAGUCAAAAAAUGAGCUAAAUAACUACCAGAGAAUUCCUCACAGGAAAUCAUAACUCAUUCACAGAUACGCAUCUCAUAUGCAUGCGUCUACCACGCAUUUAUUAUGUAUGCGUGUGUUUCCAAGAAAGUCCUGUCACAGCAAUAACGGGGAUUUUUGCCAUUCACCCAUCUUAACCUGCUAUAGUAGCAACUAUAAGCACUUUACACUAAGACAGCUAGAGAUGCACAAAGCGUCGAAAUAUACAUUUACACAAAGCAAAUAUAAUGCAGCUAAGAUUUACUCUAAACGUAAGUUUCUUUCCACUUUUUGCAUCAGUCACAAAGCCCCAUUCAGACGGUUCAGUACUAAAUGUGAUAAGUUUAGCACCGAAAUCGCGUCGCAAAUGUCACAAACAUUUGUUCGACUAAUUUAUUUAUUGGAAAAGCCGAGCACAUAAUAUUACACACUUUGCAUUACCGUGAUAGUUACAAAAAACAAUAGAAAAUACAGAGAAACACAAUGUCAGAAGAAGAUAUUGCUUCCUUCCUUUCAUGCAGUGAUUCGCAGCGACCACGGAAUAGUUAUUCACACAAUAAUAAUAUUAUUUACCUACAGCAGUAUACCUGGCUGACUGACAGAAGACGUGACAUUUCCUAUUUUAUACCCCAUAUGUAUUUUUGAAGCAGUAUUAAAAUAUAAUGUAUUAACAGUAAUAAAAUGAAUUUUGAUUGGAAUGAGA